AUAAUCUCAACACGGCAAUACAGGAAGCCAAAAUGGAAGUGAUCGAAACGUUUUCGUGAGACAGAAAAGCGGAUCUUUUGUAUCGAAAAACGAGGAAUGUUUAAACAUUUUAUGAUAAAUUUUAAGCUACAGCACCACCAAAUUUAUCACUUACUUAACUUGAUGCAAAUUAACGCUUGACAGCCAUUCCGUGAUAUAUUUGUUCUGACUGUUGAAUUUGAACCUUGCGCUAUUGUACAAGCGCCGAUCAAUAGAGCCAAAUGUUUAAAAACAUCAAUGUUUACAAGAUAAGAAUGAAUGGAUGUAAUUUCUUCGCGUGGUGGAAAACGACAGUCGUUAUAAAACGGGUCUGCUGAUUCAAACACCGCAUGCCAGCUUAUACGAGUUAUACCAAAUUACCAAGUAUAUUAUGUUACAUUGUGGUUGAUUAUUUUUGGAAGGUUUUUUUUAUGUGUUGCUGAUAAUUCCAACAAGCCAUUAAUGACCAAUGGGUUGAAGCAAUUUACGUAAGUGUUUUGCCCAAGGACAUAUGCGCUCACAAUGGUAGCAGAGAAGAGUUUUGAACCCAUUACCUCUGGGGUAACGUUACGGCUGGAUUCUUCAGUAGCACGACCAUAUAAAUUUCUCCAUCGAGGGGGUAGGCAUAAAUCGUUCCUGGCAAAAGGUAUCACAAAAUCUGCUGUGCCAACACAAAUAAUUUACGGUUUAGUUUACAUGCAAGAGUUUGAAAACUCCUUUAUCCACCAAAAUGUUUUUAGAGUGUACCGUAUUUCUUGACUUUUGUAACACCAAUUUAAAUAAGAGUUUGCAAUUUUUUAUUUAAACUUUGUUUACUUAAUGCUGGUUACCCUGUAAUAGGCAACGAUAACGAAUACAUUUACAUGCUCAACAACAGUGUUCAUUUAACUUCUUUGAGUGGUGCGGUAAAGCGUACCUCACACAUAUGGCGAUUUGCGCAAAACGGAACGUUACCGUGUGCGUUUGACAAUGCACACACACGCAAAGGCGCGACGCAACAAAAUCUCGCUGUACAGCGUCUUGCGGCAGUGUUAAAUAUUUUUAAUUUUCCGCACAACGCGAAGGCCGCAAGACAUCGGAUUUUUUAUCAAGAAAGUGUCGCUGUGUUAGCAAGUUAUGAGUGAUAAUUUAAGAUUAUUAAUUUUCACAAUGACAAACAAAGAUUUUAAUGAAACUUUAAUCAAUUUGGUUCAACCAAAUUUCCAUUUAUAUGAUUCAAAGUAUACACAUUACAAAGAUUCAACAAAGAAACAAAAUACUUGGAGAUACAUAAGCCAGCAGAUAGGACAACCAGGUACAAAAGGACAUGCUCUUUAUAAAACUAUAUACAAAAAAGCAGAGUCUGUAUAUAAACCUGUAUUUUUUAUAUUUUCCACAGCUGAUGCAUGCAUGAAAAGGUGGAGAAGUCUUCGAGAUAGAUUUGGUAAAGAAAAAAAGAAGAUGGACAGUUUAAAAACCAGUGGUGCUGGAGCUGUAAAUUGCAUAGUGUGGGAGCAUUAUCAUCAUCUUCAGUUUCUUAACGACCAUCUUCGUCAUCGAUUGACUGUUGGCAAUGUUCAACCAGCUGUGUCGGACGAAACAGAUGCUUCUGCAGUUUCUAUGCCACCAUCCACUUCAUACGAGAACAGAGAUGAUGAUGAUAUGAAGGGUUUGAAUAUAGAAGCUGUAUUCAUGAAAGAGGAACCACCUGCACAGCAAGCACGUACUCAUUUAGAAUUGGCAGAUGAUUCAGAGUGCAGCUCACCAGCUGAACCAGCAAUAUCACAGCACCAAAAGAGAAAACAGGAUUUAAGUUUCCACAUGCAGGAACAGCUCAUUUCCAUUCUGGAAAAAAACGCAAACACUUUUCAGAAAUUAGUCAGUCAGAAUGUACCAACAGAAGAUAUGUUUGAUCACUUUGGCAAAGUUAUUGCUGCAAAGCUUCGAAACAUGCCAACAGAAGCCUCUGAUGAAAUAAUGAUUGCUAUGAUGCAAUUAUUUACUACACACAAAAACUUUUAAACAUGUAUAAACAUUGUGGACUUAACCACCUAUUUCACUUCAUGUGUAGUGUAUAAACAUUGUAUUAUUUUCUUUGUUUGUUUUCUAUCACGAAUGCAGUGUUUUCAGUCGCUUGUUUUGUAGUUUCACAGCUUUUCUGUUCAAGUAUUCUGAAUGAAAUAGGCUGUAUCAUUUUUUCAAAUGUGUACACUGCCAAAACAAUAUACUAUGCUACUUUAACAUUUUCAAACCCUGUUUUCUUUUCUCAAUACAUUUUUUUAA